GGUCGUGGUGGUGUAGGAGGAGGAGGGGGAGGAGAACGACGAGGAAGAACGUAUCUUUGGACUUUGGUGGAAGAGGGAACAUGACGGCACCCGAGCCGAAGGCCAGUUCCACCUCGUCCCCGGGCUGUCGUAUUUGCUACGAAGAUGGGACGUCGGAGGAGCUGAUAGAGCCGUGCGAGUGCUCGGGCACUCUGGGCCUCAUCCACGCGAGCUGCCUGGAGAAGUGGCUGUCCACGUGGAACACCGACCGUUGCGAGAUCUGCAAGUACGGAUUCGCCGUGGAGCGCAGGUGCAAGCCCCUGCCCCAGUCUUUGUGCCAGUGGUGGGGCACGCGGGGCCUCUAUGGGCCCCAGGGCGUGACGAGUGACGCCGUCUGCCUGGUCGUCCUGACGCCGUUCUGCCUCGCAGCGACGUAUCUCUGUGGCGUAGGUGCGACCGCAUACGCGCGUCUCGGCUUCUGGGAAGGCACGGGCCUUGUCAUCCUCUGCUGCAUGCUUGUCGCCACUUACUUCCUCUGGCUCUUCGUCAUCGCCAGAUUUCAUUACAAAUCUUGGAAGCAAUGGUGUAAGCGCAACCAAGACGUGAGAUUACUUGUCAAGUGCAAAAUCCCAAAGGAAUGUCAGGAAAUGGCAAAAGACGAAUGUAAUCCGAGUGAUAUUGAAAAUGAUAGAUUUUCCAGCGAUGAAGGGUUCAACAGACUGUUCGGAUGGUUCAAUGGUUCACUCACCCAUCAGCCGGAACCCGUAUACAAUUUUCAGCAGCAAACAGCAUUCGUGUGAUUACUACUGUCGACGUUAUCUUGAGAUUGUAUCACAAGCCAUUUAACGACAUUUUUAUCGUCCAUGUGUAUUUUUAAUACGUAUCGCGAUGUAAAAAAGUAAAAACAAAUUGUUUUAAAGUACUGCAUGGAUAAUGCUCUCAAAAAUACAGUAAAGUUCUCAUAGAUGCUUUUAUCAUAAUUUAAUUAAAUAUAAAGCGUUAGAAUUUCAGAUAGAGAAAUACAGAAUUGAUAAAGAGUAAGUAAUACGUCCGAGCUGCUCGUUAAUUCGGUAAUUAUAAAUGUAGAAUUUCAACAGAGCAAGCUUUUGUAUCUCUAACCUUCUGAUAGAAGGCUAAACUAAUAUAGAAUAAAUAGCAUUCGAUACGAAUGCAUUGAACAUAAUAUAAAAGCAAUUCUAAAUAUCUCGUAUGUUUAAAAAAAUCUAUU